AUCCGUACCGACGCGUCAACAGGCUUGGAUCGCGUCUUCCCAACCACCAGCCGCCGUCUCCCAGACCACGCCUCCCCUGAAACCAGGAAGGUGUACACGUACACUGCGCCCACACUCCCAAUACCUCAAUAAAACCAGUUCAGGUCAAAUUAUCCCGGCAUGACAGUCCCAGAAAACGACCCGCCCACAGCGGCACCAGCAGCGGCGGGGUCGUCCUCCUCCAGUUCCCGCCACGAAGAGUAUCAGUACCUCGAUCUGGUCCGCGAGAUUCUCGACCACGGCGAGCUCCGUCAAGACCGCACCGGCACCGGCACCUACUCCAUCUUCGCCCCCCGACCGCUCAAAUUCUCCCUCAACCGCGACGGCGUGCCCAUCCUCCCGCUGCUGACCACGAAGCGCGUCUACACCAAAGCUGUGAUCGCCGAGCUGCUCUGGUUCAUCUCGGGCGACACCUCUUCGCACACGCUCUCCAAGCAGGGCGUCAAGAUCUGGGACGGCAACGGCUCGCGCGAGUUUCUCGACAGCCUGGGGCUGACGGACCGCGAGGAGGGCGACCUGGGCCCCGUGUACGGCUUCCAGUGGCGGCACUUCGGCGCGCAGUACGUCGACGCCAAGACGGACUACACCGGCCAGGGCGUCGACCAGCUCGCCCGCAUCAUCCACACGCUGCGCACGAACCCCUACGACAGGCGCAUGGUGCUGAGCGCCUGGAACCCGGCCGACAUGCCGCGCAUGGCGCUGCCGCCGUGCCACAUGUUUGCGCAGUUCUACGUCUCCUUCCCCAACUCGCGCUCCCAACCGCAAUCCCCACCACCAACCGAUAAUGACGACUCCUCCGCCUGCUCACCACCACAACAACAACAGCAACAACAACAAAAACCGCAAGGCCACCUACACUGCCAGCUGUACCAGCGCUCAUGCGACAUGGGACUCGGCGUGCCAUUCAACAUCGCGAGCUACGCGCUGCUGACGCACAUGGUGGCGCGGGUGUGCGGCUUGGUGCCGGGGAGCCUGACGCACGUGAUGGGGGACGCGCACGUGUACGUGAACCACGUGGCGGCGCUGCGGACGCAGCUGGCGCGGGAGCCGAGCGCGCCGUUCCCCGAGCUGGAGCUGGUCGACCGCGACGAGGAGCGCGGCGGCGGCAUCGACGGCUGGCGCCCCGACGACUUCGUCAUCAAGGGCUACAAGCCGCAGGCGCCGAUCCCGAUGGAGAUGUCGGUUUAAAUUGAGUACGGAAUAUCGGGUCAUCGAUUGGAUGGGACCGGGACGGGGACAAGGGACGGGGACGGGGACAAGGGACGGGGACGGGGUG